GCGACCGGAAGGGGCGGGGCCACCCGGCGUGCGCGCUUCGUGCGUCGGCGUAAAACUUCCUGGGAGAGUGGCGUCAGAACGGUAGCCUCCGACUGCACGUGGGCAGCUGUCCCUGUUGCUGAAGGCGCGUCUCGGGCCUGGACCCGCUUUCAGUGUCAUGGGGCGCAAAUUGGACCCUACCAAGAAGGAGAAGCGCGGGCCCGGCCGAAAGGCCCGGAAACAGAAGGGCGCCGAGACCGAGCUCGCCAGGUUCUUGCCUGCAGCUGGUGACGAAAAUUCCAAAAGGCUGUCUAGCCGUGCUCGAAAGAGGGCAGCCAAGAGGAGGUUGGGCUCUGCUGAAACUCCUGAAGUGAAUAAGCGCCCUGGGGUCAAACCAUUGCCUGGAAAGCUACUAAAAGGGAUCUCUGCAGGAGCUCUCCAGACACCUGGGAAGAAGGGAGCCCAGCCCUUAUUUAACAAUGCUAAGGGCAAGAAGCGCCCAGCACCAGCCCAUAGCAGUGAUGAGGAAGAGGAGGAGGAAGACUCUGAAGAGGAUGGUGUGGUACGCCAGGGGGACCUCUGGGGCUCUGAGGACAGUGAUGCUGAUAUGAGAGAUGACUAUGGGACAGACUCCAACUCAGAGGACGAAGAUGAGGAGGAGUUGCUGCCCAUUGAAAGGGCUGCUCGGAAGCAGAAGGCCCAGGAAGCUUUUGCUGGGGGAGAGUGGAGUGAGGAGGAAACUGAUGAAGAGGAGGAAGUGUCCCCUGAGUCAGGGCCCCAAGAGGAAAAAGAGACAGAUGGGGGCCUGCAGAUCAACCUGGAUGAAGAGGAGCCUUUUAUGCUGCCCCCUGCUGGGGAUGUGGAGCAGGGUGCCCAGGCUCCAGACUUGCAACGAAUUCAUAAGCGCAUCCAAGACAUAGUGGGAGUGCUGCGUGAUUUUGGGACUCUGCGGGAGGAAGGUCGGUCUCGAGCUGAAUAUCUGCACCGGCUUCAGCGGGAUCUGGCCACUUACUACUCCUAUGGAGACUUUCUGCUUGGCAAGCUUAUGGACCUCUUCCCUCUGUCUGAGCUGGUGGAGUUCUUAGAAGCUAAUGAGGUGCCUCGGCCCAUCACCCUCAGGACCAACACCUUGAAAACCCGGCGCCGAGACCUUGCUCAGGCGCUAAUCAAUCGUGGGGUUAACCUGGAUCCCCUGGGCAAGUGGUCAAAGACGGGACUAGUAGUAUAUGACUCCUCAGUGCCCAUUGGUGAGUGUUCCCUGACCAGUAGCCCUCUGCCUCUGCCCUUCUCCCAACAUGUCACAAACAGGUCCUCCUCUGCAGGUGCUACUCCCGAGUACCUGGCUGGGCACUACAUGCUUCAGGGAGCCUCCAGCAUGUUACCUGUCAUGGCCUUGGCACCCCAGGAGCAUGAGCGGAUCCUGGACAUGUGUUGUGCCCCUGGAGGAAAGACCAGCUACAUAGCCCAGCUGAUGAAGAACACAGGUGUGAUCCUUGCCAACGAUGCCAAUGCUGAGCGGCUCAAGAGUGUUGUGGGUAACCUGCACCGCUUGGGAGUCACCAACACCAUUAUCAGCCACUAUGAUGGGCGCCAGUUCCCCAAGGUGGUGGGGGGCUUUGACCGGGUACUGCUGGACGCUCCCUGCAGUGGCACUGGGGUCAUCUCCAAGGACCCAGCUGUGAAGACCAACAAGGACGAGAAGGACGUCCUGCGCUGUGCUCACCUUCAGAAGGAGUUGCUCCUGAGUGCUAUCGACUCUGUCAAUGCCACCUCCAAGACAGGAGGCUACCUCGUCUACUGCACCUGCUCCAUCAUGGUGGAGGAGAACGAGUGGGUGGUAGACUAUGCCCUGAAAAAGAGGAAUGUGCGGCUGGUGCCCACGGGUCUAGACUUUGGCCAGGAGGGCUUCACCCGCUUUCGAGAAAGACGCUUCCACCCCUCCUUGCGUUCCACCCGCCGCUUCUACCCCCACACCCACAAUAUGGAUGGUUUCUUUAUUGCCAAGUUCAAGAAGUUCUCCAAUUCUAUUCCCCAGACCCAAACAGACCCAGGAAAUUCUGCAACAUCCACCCCUACAAACCCAGAUGUACCUGAGCCGAAAGGUCAGGUGACCCCCAAGCCUGAGAGCAGCAGCAAGCCUGCCAAGAAGGCCAAAGGGGCUGAGAAAGCAGAGCGGCAGUUGCAGAAACGGCAACAUCCCAAGAAGACCUCCUUCCGGAAGCAGAAUGGUGUCCCCAAAGGGGCAGACUCUGAAUUGUCCACUGGACCUUCUGUCCCAAAGGUCCAAGCCUCCUCCAAGCUCCAGGGUAACGGGCAGCCAGCUGAAAAGGCCGUAGUGAUCGGAAAACCCAAGGUGACUGGGAAACUAAAGCAACAGGCCCCUAAACUGCAGUCUUCCAAGAAAGUUGCCUUCCGAAGGCAGAAUGCUUCUCCCAAGGGCAUGGAGACAGAGCUGCCCUCUGGGCUGAACCUUCCCAAGACUCUGGCCACUUGGAAGCCUGAGAACUGUGUUCAGCCCCAAGGGGCUGAGAAAGCAAAGCAGCAGGUACCGCAAAAGCCUUCCAAGAAAGCUGCCUUCCAGAAACAGAAUGGCACCCCCAAGGAACCCCAGACUCCUACCUUGUCCUCCCUUAGUGCCAGCCGGCCCCCACCAGCAAAGAGGAGAAAAUCUCAGCCACUGCUGUCUUAGAUGGAUGAGUGAAACUAGACUGGGGGUGCUCCUUGGUGUUGUCUCUGGGUUGGAACUCUUACCUCUGUGAGGAUGGCUUUCCCACUGUGCAUAUGAAAUUUAAUAUACAUUUUACAAUCUC